CAUAUGUAGAGAGAGGCAAACCAUUUCCCACUCAGACUGAGAUAACCUCUAUGAUGCUGGAAACAUUUUAUCCAAAGGAUAGAUUUACCACAGAGUCAUAAUAUUUGAAUCAGAAGUUUCACUGGGCAGUUUUGAAUAGUUCCAAGGGAAGGGAGGCCUCUAUCAAGGGUAAAUUUCUCAGAGAAGAAGGGUCAACCUCUUGGGAAGGCUUUAAGGACCAUCUGUGUGGUCAGCCAUGUCCUCAUUCUGACGUCCAAAUUGUUCUGGGACCCUCCACUGGGGUUGGGGCAGUCCCAGAUUUGGACCACCCCCCACUCCCACGCCCAACCUCACAGUCUCAGCUGGCUCACUGAAUGUUGCAUCAGGGAGGGUGAUGAAAUCAGUGUCAGCGGAUUUUACCCAUGGAUGCAACAGGCUGAAGGACUGGUCAGGGUCAUUUACACAGUGCAUCUCCAACUCCCCAGAAUUCCUGGACUUCCUAACUGUGGGGUAGGGCCUGGGUGCUGGAAUAUCUAAAUUUGACUCACAGCCUUUUCUUAAACUCGUAUCCCAAAAGAACUACCACCUGAACCCCACAAAUCCUAUGAAACUUUGGGCCACUAAGGUUGAGGAAUUAGAUGAUUCUUAGCAACAACUGUCUCCCCCUCCAGGCCUCCACUCCACAGUGAGGCCUGAAGCGGGAACAGUAAUACUUUAUACGGCAUUAUAUGGCUUCUCAGUUCACAGAGUGCCUUCACAUCCAUUCUCUCCCAGUGAAAAUAAUUGUUGCCAAGGGAGAAAAAAGAAGCCCCCUUGUUUUUAGACACAGGGCACUAGAGGGGAACCAAACUUCAUUCCAAACUGAGCUUGCUAUCCUAUUGGGAAAUAAAUGAAUGUUUCCGUUUUGGCUUUUCCUCAGGCAGGAGGAGGUAAGGACGUUAGGUGGGGGUGGGGAGAUAAAGCUUUGAGAGGCAAAAAAAAAAAUGGGGGGGAAGUUCAACAGGAAGAAACUUGAGACUAGAUUCAUUUAAAUAUUCAUUUGUCUAACCCCCACCCCCUCUACAGCCAUUUCGAUUCAUGGAGAGCAUUACACAUAUGCCCCAUCCCAGGCCUCCAGCCACAGCAACCACACGUCUCAUUUCCCUUGGGACUGAGGCUGCAUACCUGGGCUCUCCACAGAAGGGGAUGAUGCAGGGAGGGGAAUCCCACCUGCUGUGAGUCACCUGCUAGUAUAAAGGGCGGGCCUUACAAUGCAAAGACCUUAAAAAGAGACUCAGAGACAAGGGGAGAAAAACAGCAGGAAGCAGCUCAGAAACUCCGUGAACAACAGAGGGAACCAAACCAGAGACACACAGAAGGCAGAGAGCAUCAGGCUCCAGAGCAAAGGGAAGUGGGCAGAGAUUCCACAGGGACUGGUGUGAAGCACAGAGCCAGCCAGAUUUGAGAAGCAGGCAACAAGAUGCUGGGGAGCAGGGCUAUGCUGCUGCUGCUGCUGCUGCUGCUGCCACGGCCCUGGACUGCGAAGACCCGGGCUGUGCCCGAGGGCAGUAGCCCUGCCUGGGCUCUGGGCCAGCAGCUCUCACAGAAGCUCUGCACGCUGGCCUGGAGUGCACAUCCUCCAACGGGACACACGGUAAGUAGCAGGCUCUGGCACCAAAUGGGAGCUUGUCCAAGCUCUCCAAGGCUUCCAAGGAGAGAAGACUCUGUGGCUCUGGAUGGAAGCUGGAGGGUUGAAGGUCCUCAAAGAGUGAGAGAGGACAGGGAGUGGGGUUCCUGGAAGACUCCUGGGCCUGGGUUAUUGGUGGACUUAGAAAGUGCUUCUCUUAUCUCUUCACUCUUCCCACCCCUUCCUCCAUUCCAGGACCUACCAAGAGAACAGGGAGAUGACGAGACCACAAAUGAUGUCCCCCACAUCCAGUGUGAGGAUGGCUGUGAUCCCCAAGGACUCAGAGACAACAGUCAGUUCUGCUUACAAAGGAUCCACCAGGGCCUGGUUUUUUAUGAGAAGCUGCUGGGCUCAGACAUUUUCACAGGGGAGCCUUCUCUACUCCCUGAUGGCCCAGUGGGCCAGCUUCACGCCUCCCUCCUGGGCCUUAGGCAACUCCUGCAGCCUGAGGGUCACCACUGGGAGACUGAGCAAACUCCAAGCCCCAGUCCCAGCCAGCCAUGGCAGCGCCUCCUUCUCCGCUUCAAGAUCCUCCGCAGCCUUCAGGCCUUUGUGGCUGUAGCUGCCAGGGUCUUUGCCCACGGAGCAGCAACCCUGAGCCCCUAAAGCCAGAAGCUUAAGCAUGGCACCCAGAUCUCCAUGGCUCAGCAGUGCAAAAAUGAAUCAGG